CUUGGCUGGUCUUAUUAAUCCCCAAGCCUACCUAUGACCCAAGAAUAUUAUUAAGACUCUCUUCUAGUGUUCGGCUGUCUCUGGGUUUGUAGAGCUCAAGGAUGGGGAGGAAGUGCCUUCAUUGUGGGAACAAUGGGCACAACUCAAGGACCUGCAGCAGGCCAAGAGGUGUGGUCGGCAGUGGUGGACUGAGGCUAUUUGGGGUGCAGCUUCAUGUAGCUUCUUCCCCCAUGAAGAAGAGCUUUAGCAUGGAAUGCUUGGCCUCCUCAUCUUAUCUUGCUUCUUCGUCCCCUUGCUCUUCAACAUCAUCUUCUUCUUCCCUUGUUUCUAUUGAUGAAACCACUGAGAAGAUUUCUAAUGGCUAUCUCUCUGAUGGUCCCCUUGGCAGAACACCAGAGAGGAAAAAGGGAGUUCCAUGGACUGAGGAAGAGCACAGGUCAUUUCUAGCUGGUCUUGAGAAACUUGGAAAGGGAGAUUGGCGAGGCAUCUCUCGCAACUUUGUGAGCACAAGGACCCCAACUCAAGUGGCUAGUCAUGCUCAGAAAUAUUUUCUACGCCAGGACAGCCUUAACAAGAAGAGGCGCCACCGAUCUAGCCUCUUCGAUGUGGUUGCAAGUUGUGAUAGAGCAGAUCAAGCCACUGAUUCUUCUAAGUUUAAAGUGCCUUGCAUCUCAAGUGAAUUUCAUCUUCCUACUCUGUCUCUUAAGGCAGCAGAUUAUGGAGCUUCUGAUAUCAUUGCAAUUGAUCUGAACUCUUCAGAACAAGAGACCCAGUUGCCUUCUUCCCUCACUCUGAUGCCUAAUUCAUCUGUUUGUCCAUUAUCGCAGUCAUCUUUAGUGGAAAGGCCUCAUGUUCACCUCUCCCCACUGAACUUAGAGCUCAGCAUUUCCUCAUCAAGGCCCUUGGAUUGAAAUAACUUGAUCUCCAGACUCUCUUCCUUGGGACAACUAGAGUUGCCUUAGUGGCUGGAAGACAUCGGAAGAGAUCAACGUUUCGGAGUUCAACUAGUUAAUUUCCUCAAGGCUCCUGCAGUAGGAGGAAGGUCGCAUGAGUAAAAUUCUAUAUUUCAUAAUAUUAAUGUUGUUCCAUGUAUGUGUACGAUCAUAUAUUAGACAUUCAAGGCUUUCACUAUAUACUUGAGUUGGAUUUU